AUGAGUUCGCUUAAGGAAGUUUGUUUAGUGUUCUUAAAUGACACAGUAUCACUUCAAAAUGUCUUUACAGACAUCAUUACAGUGUUUUUCAUUGGAAAAGAAAGUGAAAUUCUUUUGAUUUAUUUUAAUGAAAACUUAGAUAAAAAGGUCGAAGAUGCAUUGAUUAAUAGCAUUAAAAGUUACGACGAACCAAUAAACAUUCGAUUCUAUAAAAUCAUUAAAUCUCAUAAAUAUGAGUUUUCUAUUAAAUGUGCAGCACUAGUAUUUAUAGACACAAUUGAAAGUUUUGAAUAUUUUUUAUAUAACUUUGCAAUUUUUCGUGACCAAAAUAAGGCUUUUAAAAUAUUUGUUUAUAUAGAAAGCACAUUACAUUCAGUUUUAGAUGAAAUUGAAUUGAAUUAUGGUGAAAUUCGAGAAAUUUCUAGAAUAGGAAUAGAACAUACAUUUUUCAUAGUGAAUUACAAACGAAAUAUCUAUUUGAAAACUAUUGAAUGGUUUUCGGUAAUUUUAUGUAAUUCUCCUGUAAUAGAAAAUUUAAAUAGUUAUAAUAAAAAAUUGCAAAAAUGGAAUCAACCUCUUAAAUAUUAUGAAAAAUUUCAAGAUUUUUUCGGUUGUGAAUUAGUUUUGGCUUUGUCUUUUUUAAAUAAUACAAACGAUUCAAAUUUGUGGGGUUUCGCAAAGGUCUCUAAAGAUAAUAAGAGCUUCUCAGCUAAUGGCAUAGUUCCAAUGAUUUUCAAAAUUGCAUCAAAAAAACAUAACUUUGAGGAUGAAUAUCAGCCAAUCCAAAGGAAUGAAAAGAAAAUUCUUUUUGUUAAUUAUAAUGUGAAUAAAACCGAACUAGUGAAAAUUAAUAACAAAAUUAAAAUUCCAAACGUCGUUAUUCAGCAUAUUGAAUUAAGAACUUCAGUUUUAAUUGUCGGAAUCCGGUCAACUAAUCCAUUUUGGCAAUUUAGUGAUUAUCUGUUAGUAACACCUGGUGAAACCUAUACACCUUAUGAGAAAUUGCUUCUUCCUUUUGACACUCUAACUUGGAUCUUAUUAUCAGUGACAUUUUCAGUUGCAUUUUUGUCAAUCCUUUUGAUUAAUAAACUUUCAAGAAGAAUACAGGACGUCAUCUAUGGAUUCAAAAUAAAAACGCCAUUAAUCAAUCUAGUCAGCAUAUUCUUUGGAAUCUCACAGACUCGAAUGCCAGGUGGAAACUUCUCACGACAAAUUUUGAUUCUUUUUAUUUAUUUUUGCUUAAUUUUCCGUACUUGUUUUCAAAGUAAAAUGUUCGAAUUUUUGACAAGCACACCAAGACGACCACCACCAAAAACUAUUCAAGAUCUUGUUGACAAAAAUUAUACGAUUUACACAAAUGAUUCUAGUUUUUUUGUUAAAGUUUCUAAAACAGAAACCGAAAAUUGGCCUAAAUUCAAGAAUUUCACAUUAACCGAACUUUAUGAAUCAUAUUUGAAUAUGUCAAAAAAUUAUUCUAUUAAAAGAGCUUUACAUAUUCCGGACUAUAUCCAAUCAAGUAUUAUGCUUCACUUCAAACGACAUGAUGAUUGGAAUAAAUUAGAGAAUUUCAAAAUUUUUGUUGGAUUCGGUUCUUUUGCCAUGUUUCAAUCUGCGUUUUACUUUAGGAUGAUUGAGCAGACAACAAAUCGUCUCAUUGACACAGGCAUUAUGAAGUACUUGAUUGAACAUAUCGCAACAGAAAAUAUAAGGAUAAAAAAAUCAAAUGUUCUUCCAAAAGUUCUUAGUUUGGAGGAUCUAUUAUUUGGAUUUAAUAUUUGGAUUGGAUUUUGCUGUUUAUCAUUAGCAAGUUUCAUCUUUGAGAUUUUAUCUCUUAAACUUCAAAUAAAAUGGAGAAACCAAUUAUUUCCAAGACUUAUCAGUAAUGUAAAAAUUUGGCCUGCAAUACAAAUUGGAUCUAUCAAUAAUAUGCAACUGAAGCCACAAACACUAAAUCACUUUAAAGUCAAAAGUUUGGGACGAAAAAUGAAUUCAAGCAACAGUGAUGAAUCGACUGAUUCCAGCCGUUUAGAUAUCUUGAUAAAUGAUUGA